CCAGACUCUGGCACUAUGGUCAUGGCGGAGGGGACGGCUGUGCUGAGGCGGAACAGGCCAGGCACCAAGGCUCAGGAUUUCUAUAAUUGGCCUGAUGAAUCCUUUGAUGAAAUGGACAGUACACUAGCUGUUCAGCAGUAUAUCCAACAGAACAUAAGAGCAGAUUGUUCCAAUAUUGACAAAAUUCUUGAACCACCUGAAGGCCAAGAUGAAGGUGUAUGGAAGUACGAACAUUUAAGGCAAUUCUGUCUUGAGCUAAAUGGACUUGCUGUCAAACUUCAGAGUGAAUGCCAUCCAGAUACAUGUACUCAGAUGACAGCAACUGAACAAUGGAUUUUUCUUUGUGCAGCUCACAAAACUCCAAAAGAGUGUCCUGCCAUAGACUAUACUAGACACACACUUGAUGGUGCUGCAUGUCUUCUGAAUAGCAAUAAAUAUUUUCCCAGCAGGGUUAGCAUAAAGGAAUCAUCCGUAGCAAAACUAGGAUCUGUAUGCCGUAGGAUCUACAGAAUAUUUUCACAUGCUUAUUUUCAUCACCGGCAGAUUUUUGAUGAAUAUGAAAAUGAAACAUUUUUGUGUCAUCGAUUUACUAAAUUUGUGAUGAAAUAUAAUUUGAUGUCCAAGGAUAACCUGAUUGUACCAAUUUUAGAAGAGGAAGUUCAGAAUUCAGUUUCUGGGGAAAGUGAAGCAUGAAAGGAAUCAUAUAGAAAAAAUGUACUGAUCACAUAAUUAACAUUAAUUAUGUACUGUAUAUAUGUCAUUUUAGACACAUCAAUCAUGUAUCCAUACUAUAGCUUCUUUGUUUAGUAUAGGUUUUUGUAUGCUGAGUGUUGCCUUUUAAAAUGAGAAAUACUUUUUAAGUUAUUCAUGAGCUGUAUAUUCACUGGUGUGGCACUCAUGGUUUUUAAAUAAGAUUAGUAUUAUCUGUUUAUAAUGCCUGUUAAUAAAAGAAUUUACAGUUUGGUAAAAUUGCUGCUAAACAAUCAUUGGUUCACAAUCCUCAUCAAAUAAACCCAUCUAUAAAAAGAUGAGUGAGCUUAAGGUUUCACAUAAGCCAUUUACUAAAGAGAUAGUAAUGUUUUCCUUUGGUUUUAUACCUGAGUUUAGAUAUCCUAGAUAAUUCUGUAGUACCUAUAUAGUUCAGUCUUAACUGUUAACUUUUCCAAACUGAGAUAAAAGUGUUUUAAAAUUCUGUUUAUAGUUGUUGAUAUACAUAUAUAAUUAUGUGUAUAUCCAAAUGUAAAUGCAAAUGAAGCAUUAGAGAUACUUAAAUAAUCUUACUAUGCUACAUAAAGUGUAUUCGAGACCAGCAUACUUGGAAAGGAUUUACCUUUCUCCACAGUGGACUGUUACAUACAAGGUGAUGGUAAUGAUAAAAGUGUAUAAAUGAUGUUCCCACCAGAAACCUGCCCUGUCCUUCCCCUCUCUUCAUUUCCCUUAACUCCCUCCCCAAACUACAUUGAGCUGAGAAGCUUUUCACCAGACUGUGAUUUAGUGGUGGCUUAGACCUAUUUAUAUUUGUAUUAAUUGCUUACAGAUGAUACCUCAUAUUAGCAAUUACAUUACACUACAGGAAAUAUGUAGGCAUAGGCUCUAGCUUAUCUUGGCUUUGUGAAAUUGUUCUAACUACUUGGAAAACAGUCUUUAAAAUAAUUUGACUCUUCCUGUUAGUAAUCUUUUCAUCUAAUCAUCUAGGCAGCAUUUAAAUAGAUUUGAAAAAUAUUGUAGUAUUUAUUUUACUUCCCUUCCCCACAAAGUUUAUGUUUGAAUUAUAUGCACAUGUGAGAUUUUUUGCAAUAAUUCACAGCUUCCAAAGGUGGUAUUGUAUGCUCAUACAUUUUUUGGACUUUGUUAUAAUUCAGUGUCUUAAGGAUUUAACCUCAGAUUUUACAAUCUUAUCUACCGAGACUGCAAUUUUUAAAAAGCACUGGAGGUCUUAUUGUUAAACUGGUUGUAAUGAGGCACUAAGGGUAAAAAAAAUUGUACGUGUAGUGAAAAAAAUAUUUAAAUCCAUCUUUUGAACAGAGUUUAACAUAAGGAACUUAUUUUUCAUUUAAAUGGGUUAUUUUGAAAUGAAGAUUAACAUUUAGUCAUCUUGAUUUUUUUAUCCAAAUUGGAGGAAAAAUUUAUACCAUAUUAUGAGACAAGUGUGUACAGCAAAAUGUGGGCAGUGGUAGCAUCCUAAGAGUUUGUAUAUAUAUUUAUGCCUUCCCAGUCCUGCCAGUAUAUUUGACUUUGAACAGUGCUAUCCCCACAGCCAAUCAUUACGUUACCCCAGCCCACAACUAUCUUUUCUAUCUUUUAUGUUCACAGUGAAAGGAAUGUUGACUUUGAAAUUAUGCAUUUAUAUUAAUGUCACUGAACCAAUGGGAAUAGUAAUUUUUACACAAACUUGCUAAAUAUUGAGAGACUAAACUACUAAGUUAAUAAAUUAUAUAUAGCAAUAUAGCUAUUCUUUCU